CACACAUUGAUUACGUUUUGACAUUUGGCACAUGAUGUUUGGUAACAAUGACAGUGUCGAAUCUUCUUUAGUAUCAUCAUCACUUGGAAUAUCAUCUAAUUAUGUUGUUAGUAACAGUAGUAAUAAUUCAACGUCCGAGGUUCUGUCAUCUGCCAACAAUCAUGAAACAUUUCUAAAGCUUGAUAUUGAAUCACUCUUGACAGAUCUUCACCAACAAGAUAAACAACAGCAAAUACAUCAAAAACAACUUGAAAUUGUUGCAUCCUCUUCACACAAUUCCAAAAAUGGUAGCAUGAACCAAUUAUCACCACAAGAACAAUUUGUUGAAAAUAGUUUGCUUGCAUGUGGAGGCAGUAUUGGCAGUAGAAGAAAUGAUGAACCAUUCGAAUACAUUAAUGAUGACAGUAAAAUCUCAGAGGAUUCGGAUAGUAAGAUGCAACAUCAAAAAAUUGGCGGAUUGGAAAAUUUUCAUGAGAGCAAGAGGAAGGAAGUUGGAUUGGAUUGUUUUUCACCUACUGUAAGGAUUGUUUCUAAUAGUUUGAGUAGUGCAACUGUUUGUCAGCCUCCAAUAAUACGAAACGUUUCGAAUACUUCACAACAACAGCAGCAAAAAAUGUUUACCAUUGUGCAGUACGACCCACAACAACAGUCGAACAAUUCAAUUUCCUCUCCAUUAACAUAUCACCACAUUUCGCCCAGCAGCAGCAACCAGUUUCCCAUUCUUUCGAAUACAGUUUCUACAGAAAGAAAAUCAAAGAAAUCUAAAGACAAUUUUGGAAAGUCAAAACGAGAAAGAACAACCCUGCCUCCCUCGCUAGAAUCUCAGCUCUUCCAAACAAAUAGCAACCCAUCAACUUCAACCUUUCAAUGGUCAGAAAAUGAAUUUCAAGAAUUCACCUCAGGGCAACAUGAAACUCAAAAGCGACAAAGAAAAGAAAGGGUUUAUAAAUUCUAUGAUUCAGGCCCGACUUCAUUCAAUUCCAAUAGUGAGGAUCCUCAAUCGGCAACAAGUUUAAUUUCAAAUAAUUCAAUAUUCGAUUCAAAUUCACCGAAUUCUCCACCAAUGAAAAAGAAGAAAAGGAAAAAGAAACAGUCCUCUACUGCUGCUGCAUCUUCUUCCACGACUCAAAAUCCUACCAUUGAAUAAUAUAAUACGAAAUGCAAUUAAUUUCAAAUU